AUGACCAAGCCGUCCGUACAUUAUGCAUGUCAGAACGUGCCUGGUGGGUACGGAGCCAGUCAAAGACGGCCGCGUACGUUCCCAUCUCCACCCCGGCCGCAACUUCGUCCUAUAAAUACCAUCUCCGUUCUCCUCGAAAACCAGAAGCAGGAUCAGCAAACUAAAUCACAGGUUUCACCUCCACAUACAUACAGCCAGGUCUUGGAUUUUGCGAAGAUGGGUGAUGCCAAGUCGUCGUGGCCGGAGCUGCUAGGGGCGCCGUCUGACGCAGCGAAGGAGAAGAUCCUUAGUGACCGCCCAGACGUGAGCGUGAUCGUGCUGCCCGUUGGCUCCAUCGUGACCACCGAAUUCAACCCCAAGCGUGUCCGCGUCUUCGUCGACUCCUCCAGUGUUGUCGCGGAGGUUCCCAAAAUUGGCUAG